CGCAAGUUCUGGCGUCAGGAAUAGAACAAGAUGCGGUUAGUGUAACUGGACCUGGAGCUGUGCCUCAUCAGGGGAUUUUUAACCAAGAUCAAGUGGCUGAGGCAGAGCACCUGCAGGAUCAAGAUGAGGCUGCGGCGGAAGCGACCAGAGGUCCGCCAGAAAAGAUUGCACAUGCGGAUGAGAAAGCUGGCAAAGACGUAUUGAGCCCUUUCGAGAACAUGAUCGAUGAGGAAGGCCGUGUGAAAAACACUUCGGUGGAUUUCGAUUUUGCAAAACUGCUGCAGGUGAAAGAGGGUGACCAAAUCGUCGCGCUCUUCGAUAAAGUGAAUCACGCAAUAGAAGACAAGAAAAGCGGCGGGAAGAGGAUUUUGCGAGAUGUCCUUCGACGGUUUUUUCAAGCAAUGUCACAGAAGGGAGAAGCAAAGCUAGAUGAAUUCUACAGGCUGCACGUUAAUCAUGUAGAAAGCCUUGGAAAGAUUUUGGAGCUGCGUGCCUGGAGAGGGCGGAAUGCAUUAGUUCCUUCUCUAGCAUCUGAUGGGCCGAGAAUCACACAUCAACAACGCUCAACAGCAUCCGGAGAAUCAAAGGCGUUCACAGCCUCAGACAGUUUUCCAGAACACCCAAAAGAGGAGAUUGUCCUUGUGCCCUUCUUCAAAGGAAAACAAGAGAAUAAGAAUAAGCAGAAGAACAAGAAGUUGGCAUCUCUUGUCCCGGGUAAUGGAAGAUACCUGCCACUUCCUCCUGACUGCCGGGCGCUCAAGGAGGCCGAGAGCCUCAAGGCCAAGAACUUAUGAAUGAUACGCAAGACAUUUGAUACGACAGAAUACAGAUCACAUGAUCACAUCAUAUUUAAUUUUUCCAUAGCAUCUGUAUUUACGUACAGAAGGAGGUACCUAUGUUUUACAGAUUCAUUUACUACAGAUUUAUUGUACAUUUUUAAGCGAGAUUCCUACGGAUCGAAUUGUUGAAAUGUCUCAUAAAUGAACCACUUAUACAUCGGCGAUGGUGAUGAACGGCCACGAGUUAUACGAGAUACCUCGCGUGCUUCGGAAAUUGUUGGAACACUAGUAAAAUGGAGUGAUCGCGAUCCCAAAGGCGUUGUGAAAAAGAUAAAGUCCUACGUCAAGACCGAGACUCCCGCGUGGACUCGCGAUCCCCAAGAAAGCUGCAAUGGACGGAAAAGCGACAAAGUCGAAGUCAUGUGGGCGGACCUCGCGACAAACCAAGUGAUUGACCACGGGGAGAUCGGACCAGUAAUGUUGCCUGCAACUGAGGCUUGCGAGUCCGCUGCGUCACACGGACUGGUGGAAAGUCCUCCUUGCUCAAAGAAAACGAUUGUUCAGCAAGGCAUCUUUGUGAACGUUUUUCCAAACUAUCCUAGACAGGCUUUGGCUCAACUCUUGAAGGAGGUGAAGGCAAACCCUUCUCGCUGGCGUCUUCUAGUCGGAACUAAUCGCCCAGUGGAGGACUUUUACCCGAAAGGUGGUGUCCUCUCAACGGAUUCUUCCGCUGAACAUUACGAACAAAGAAUUCUACUUUAAGCAGUUGUCCAAUCGCAAACAGUUUUAUUUACAGAUAAGUAAGGGCUUUCUUCGUCUUGUCUUGAGCUUGAGACUUGCUUCAUACAAUCCAUUUCUCCUUUAUAUAGCCUUAGAAGAUUGGGCACUGUCGUAGUAACUAAUGUUGACGAUGCAAUACAGAACCCUCGUCCCUCGCCUGGUUGUAAACCACUUUCAUGGCACGAUACAUGAAGCAAUAACAACCGGACGAAUACAGACUGCUCCAGAGGAUCUAGGCUCGCAACCAUCUGAGGACCAACAAGACGAUGAAUUGCAGUCGCACAGUCCGGAUGAAGAAUUAUUAUCACAAAAUGCGGCAGCAGCAGCUUCGUCAAAAGACCUGGGGAAAGAAGACGGCGAGACUGACGUCCCAAAAGGGGUUGUCGGCAGUGUCGUGGGUCCUGUUACAUCAUCGUCUUCAAUCGACAAGGGAGUUGUUGCCGGAGAACCUGAGAGAACACCUUCUUUUGACGCGGUCGUGGGGCCACUUCCUGUAGAUCAAGAACAAGGAGGCGCAGCUGCAACUAGUUCGCAGAAAGAUCAUAAUUCCGAAAGUGGUGAGGAACAGGACGAUGACCAUGAUUCGAAGAAUUUAGCAUCUGACAAUGACUCUGUUGACGGCGAAGAUGGAGGAACUACGGGUGCUUUAGCAUCAUCUGAGGUCGUUGAGGUACCACAACAACAAACGCAAGUACUAAAGGGAAAGGCCGAGGGCGUAGCGAAGGCUGAGGUGGAAACCAAAACACAGGAGCAUUCUGCACCCUCUGUAUCUCCUUCACCAGGUACAGGUGUGAAGCGGAAGCGGCCCUCAACACCACCUAGCAACAUAAGUCAAAAUAGCAACGCGGCAGGUAGUGCUCAUUGUGCGCACCACGCAUCUACUUCUAGCAGCGGCGCGGGUCCCACAAACGACGGAGCUCCACGUCCGCACGCCAUUUCAGCAUCGCCUGUAGCGAGCAGUCCAACUACAAGUCGGGACCGCAUUCCACGUCCAUUAUCUCAUACUCUGCGUCCCUCAGCUCCUGCUGCUUCUCUACAGACGUCUCCAGAACAGCUGUUCCCAGUUCUUGUGGCGACAAUAGGAGGCGCUUUUUCAUUUUUCCUUCUGGGAGCUAUUUUCGCAUUCGUUUUCUGGCGACGUAGUCGAAUGUCACGACGACCUCUAAGCAGUAAGGCAGACGAUUAUGCUAAGACUAUUGAAGAUCAUAGAGGAGGUGCAGGUAGUUGUACCCGAAUAUCGGACCAGAUGAAAGGUGGUGCUAGAACUUCAGCGGAACGCCGAGCGCUUCUUUCGAAAGACAAUCGAGACUCAUUGGACAAGUAUCGAAGAAGUACAGAAGUCGACGAAAAUGGCAGGAGAAAGAGCAACUAUGCUGAAGGCAGCACCUCCACGCGAGGUGGUUCAGGAGGCCGCGUGUCCAGAAGCCAGUUAAAACGCACUAGAUCUUUUAAGGCUCAACUUUCAUUGGUCAUAGAGGUUGGUCACUGAAAUCGAAGAGGGUCCACUCGAGAGAACAGGGGAAAAUGAAGGGAAAGGGGAGAGUUUUGGGGGGGGUCUCUUCCGUUCAGAGUCAGUGACCAGUGAAGGCUGAGCUUUAAAUCUUCUGCUGGACGAAACAAAUCUACUCGCACUUCAGGGAGUGGAGAGAGGAAGCGCGGAAGUGACGGCAGCUCAGGUCGGUCACACCGCAGUACCAGCAGACGCAGCAGCUCGCCCAGGUCCUCGCGCGAUAGUGGUGAUAGAAGUAGGUGCAGUCCACGAGGCUCGAGGAUCCACAACCAGCCGCGCACCUCCAACGAGCGGAACUAUCGAAAGAAAAAGGGGCCGCGCGAUUCUGGUGCAAGUUAUGAAGGGGAAUUCUUCACUAGUUGUUGCAACCUCUAAUCCUCCUGGAGAACCGCCUUUCUGUAGACUUUAUUUCGCUUUCGCUCCCUCUUGUAGUCUAAACCAAACCAAAAAGAGGAACCCGUACUACGAAGAACUUCUACUGUAGUUCCAAAAUUUUGAUUUGAAUUUUUUCCCACUUAAUUAUACCGCAUACAACGACGGACCCCCACCCUCUAAGCAAAUCGAAGUUCCAGCCAUGACGACGGACGGGAACAGGAAUGUCGGGACAGUCGCUAUAGCGGAGACGAAGAUCAAGGGUUCUUAGAUGAAGAUGAGAUGCACAGCGAUGAAGAGUUGGAGCGCAUUGAAGAGGGGGAUGAAAUCCCCUCUAGUGGAAACAAUGUAGAUGUCUAUAAUUAUCUUCAAGACACUGUUAAGGCUGUACCUAAUACAUCUUUGGACGUAUCCUUGGAACUACGUAUGGAGGAGUAUCCUAAGCGAAUACUCCCCCAUACUUUUCAAGGAUGCACUUGAAAGAUGAAUUACGGACAGCUCUAACACUGAGGAGGAGGACGAAAGUAGAGAUGCAGACAAUGACAUUGGUUCAUCCGGUGUGGAUGAAGAUGAGGAUUUCCAACAAGAGCAAGAUUGGCACUCAGAACAAGACAAGCCUCAACAGCAUCAAAUGAAUCCUCAAUUAUACCGACAUCAACAUAACUUUGAUCCUGUGCUGCCUUUGCAAUCUCCGGUACCUGUUGUGCCAGACGCGCACUCUCUACUUGUUCCGGCACAACACGAACUCAUACCGCAAGUAGGUCCUGCUGCAGGCUAUCAGCUGAACCACCACCUCCAGAACCAGACUAUGCAACAACCACAUCAGCACGAGCAGCCUUUGCUACGCGACCCACCCCAGGGACAUUCAUCCUCUAGUUCCCUACAGCCUCAAGCAGCCAUGUUGCAUCCAGCAACUCCAUCUACUACUCAAGGAGUACCACCUUCAGAUCAGUUCUCAGUCGAGGCCACUAGACUAGCAGAAUGUCAACGGGAGAUGAUGGAGCAACGGCGAGCGAUGGAAGGAUUGCUUCGGAUGGUGGACAAAAGGAUGAACGCUCGACCGCGUGUCAGCGAACAACGAGGAACUCCACCCGAGAAAGUCUACCAUAGUCUUUGAUCUCGAAGGAAUGGAGAUGAUUGAAAAUGCACAAGGAUUAGAUAGUACAAGGGGAGGGGUCAUUGGUAGGUACACGAAACCUUGAGGUUAUUACAUGUCUAUGAGAUUCUAGUAUUUAUCCAACGCAGCAGGUACUUUUUUUCCGAACAAGCAAACACACACUCACACCCACACUCACAUAAUAAACAUGAAUGUAUCCAUCGCUCAAAAAUAGAAAAACUCUCAUGUGAACGAGCAAAUUGGUAGUAUGAGGUCCCACAUAAACAUCAUUUUCAAUUUCAAGACAACAACAUCAACAUCACUGUUUAUUUUACUCUUGCUUACUUAACAUCGCUGUUAUUUACGUACUCUUGCCUACGAUUACAAAGAUCAACAUUGAAUGAAUAUUUGUUGAUCUUCAUGUUUAAGUAUUUACUCUUGCUUACUACAACAAAGAUUCAAUUCAAUCUCAAUGACAUCAUCUCUUACAUCUCUUAUUGGUCGGUUGUGGCAUUAGUUUUCUUCGGGGCACAGUAAAAGAAAAGCAUGCCUGUGUUGGCCUGUCACCUAUGGCACAGGUUUUGGUCGACAAUUUUGACAGCAUGCAUAUGAAUACCAACAUGUUGAUCAUAGGUUUUUACACAUUUUGACCAUACAACUGAUUCCCCCACGGGUACUGCUGCCAGGUAUCGUGGCCGUCUGCCUCUGCGAU